UAGUUGAAUAACAACCAAGAAAGUGCAAAAACUAAGAGUACUUUUUUAAGAAUAUUUUAAAGUCCUACUACACGAUGGCAUUUUCGGGAAAAGUUGUGUUAAUAACUGGAGCCAGCUCUGGUAUUGGAGCAGCAGCAGCUGUGCACUUUUCUCAGCUUGGAGCAUCACUGUUAUUAACAGGUCGUAAUUUAGAAAAUUUAAAUGAUGUUGCUAAGAAAUGUAAACCUAAUAAACCGAUUAUUGUAACUGGAGAAUUAAAUAAUGAAGCUGAUGUAAAAAAUAUUAUCGAUGCUACUAUUAAGCACUACGGUAAAUUAGAUGUUCUGGUUAACAAUGCGGGUAUACUGGAAAAUGGAAGCAUAGAAAAUACUUCUCUGGAACAGUAUGAUAGAGUGUUCAAUACAAAUGUACGAACAGUAUAUAAUUUAACGAUGUUAGCUGUUCCUCACAUCGUAAAAACUAAGGGUAAUAUUGUGAAUGUAUCAAGUGUUUGUGGAAUAAGAGCAUUUCCAAAUGCUUUGUCAUAUUGCAUGAGUAAAGCAGCGGUUGAUCAAUUUACAAGGUGUAUUGCUCUUGAACUUGCAGAAAAACAAGUACGAGUAAAUGCUGUGAAUCCAGGUGUUGUACAAACAAAUCUUCAUAAAAGAAGUGGAAUGAAGGAUGAACAGUUAAAAUCAUUUUUUGAACACAGUAAAGAUACUCAUGCACUUGGUAGAACAGCAGAUGUUACUGAAGUAGCAAAAACAAUUGCAUUUCUGGCAAGUGAUGAUGCUAGUUUUAUUACAGGUGCAACUGUACCCAUAGAUGGUGGUAGACAUGCCAUGUGUCCUCGUUAAUUUGCAUUCCCUUAAAAUUGAUUUCGAACAGAGAUUAAUUCCAAUAUCGAUACAUUUAUACAGUUUCUAAGAUACUAUAUUUUUUACUGAAAAAUGUUGUUACAUAUGUCAAGGUUA